GCUUCUCACUUCUCUUCCAGCCCGUCCAACAGCCUCGGGGCGCUCUCCUUGAGGCGGGGCAUCGAUCUCGGGAAAUCCCCAGGAACCCCCCCGGCCCCCGCGCGGGGAGACACCGCGUGAGUCACCGAGACCCUCCCCCCGCGCUGCUGCCCGCCUCUAUCGCGGCGUCGGCGCCGUCAGCUGGCGGCAGCACCGCUCCUCGCCGCCCGCGCAGCCCGGCGUGAGGAUGGAGGGACGCGGACCGCACCUCGAGGGGCUCCGAGCGGCGGCCACGCUCCUUCGGAUCGAGAGGGAGAGCUGCCGGACGGCGGCGUGAGGCGGCCGAGCCGCCCCGGGUGCUCCCCACCCCAAGCGGGGAAUGAGAGGCGGCGGCGGCGCGGGGCUGCCGGAGUCCGCCGGGACGCACCAUGCGGGAGCUGGCGAUCGAGAUCGGCAUACGGGUGCUGCUUUUCGGGGUCUUCGUUUUUACAGAAUUUUUGGAUCCAUUCCAGCGGGUUAUCCAGCCGGAAGAGAUCUGGCUGUAUAAAAAUCCUUUGGUGCAAUCAGACAACAUACCUACUCGUCUUAUGUUUGCAAUUUCAUUCUUAACGCCACUGGCAGUCAUUUUUGUGGUGAAAAUAAUCCGGCGGACGGACAAGACUGAGAUUAAGGAGGCUUUCUUAGCUGUUUCCUUGGCUCUAGCUCUGAAUGGAGUCUGCACAAAUACUAUUAAAUUAAUAGUGGGAAGACCGCGUCCCGAUUUCUUUUACCGCUGCUUUCCAGAUGGAGUAAUGAACUCUGAAAUGCACUGCACAGGUGAUCCAGAUCUGGUGUCUGAAGGCAGGAAAAGCUUUCCAAGUAUCCACUCUUCUUUUGCAUUUUCAGGCCUUGGCUUUACCACCUUCUACCUAGCUGGAAAGUUGCAUUGCUUCACAGAAAAUGGCCGGGGGAAGAGCUGGCGGCUCUGUGCAGCAAUACUGCCUCUCUACUGUGCCAUGAUGAUUGCUCUGUCACGUAUGUGUGAUUACAAACACCACUGGCAAGAUGCUUUUGUUGGAGGGAUCAUUGGCCUCAUUUUUGCUUAUAUUUGCUACAGACAGCACUACCCUCCUUUGGGUAAUACAGCUUGUCAUAAAUCUUACGUCAGCCUGCUAGAUCAGAACUCAAUGAAGAAAGAAGAGAGACCUACAGCAGAUAAUGCUACUGGCCUGCCUCUGGAGGGAAUAACUGAAGGUCCAGUAUGACUAAGAAAUGCAAAAUGAACUUUUAGCCUUCUCACAUUUUCACUCAGCUGGUCUCUUAACACAGUGUUUCUUACCAUACACUUGGUCUGCACUUCUAUUUUUUUUUUCCGUUUCCUUGUUAUAAAGACAAAUUGAACUUUUUUUUUUAAUGCCAUAGUAUCAUUAUACUUUUAAAUUCCGGGUUUCUGUUCAUAUUGACUGCUGAAUUAUCUGUUUUCAGUCUACUGCAAACAGAUAGAAUAUUCAGGGGAAACAGGACAUUAAAAGACAAUCCCACAGGGAGAUUGAUCAAGAAAGUAAUUUUAAAGAAGAUGUGGUUGAGGAUACUGUAGAUCUGGAAACAGAUUUUCUUAAGUACUUUGUAUCUCCUAGAAAGUUUGAUUGUCUUCAGCACUCACUCACUUCAAUGGGUGAUGAGUACACACAGCACUUUUCAUCAAGUGUUCAGUGUCUGUUCUGGCCAGAUGUUUCUUCGUGUAAUUUAAUAAGUUAGGGCAUCAUCCUUCUGUUUAUCUUGUUGCCUUCUAACACGAUAAACUCCUUGUGAUGGGAGGAUGCUUUGGCAAGGUCAUUCUGAGCUAAUAAUCAAGCAGCUGACAGGCAUGAGUGGUUACAAGUUUGUAAGAGCCAAGCCUUGUCACAUUAAUAGUUUUAGAGGAUGAUGCUGAUAUUUGAGAAAUUUCACACUGUUAAAGUUAUCAGCUUGCAAUAACAUGUGUGUUCAUGGGAUGGAUCAGAAACUUGGUGUUAUAUCAUUAGCAAUUCUUUGAGAGUGCUUGCAGUAAUUGCCAUCAAAACAAAAUGAAAGUAAGGAAUAUUCAUGACAUUCAACAAACUGAAGUCUUUAAAGCAAAUUUAAAAAGAUAAUAAAGUUUGAGGAUGAAGAAACAUAAUGGUUUUGUGAUUCUCAGUGUACUACAUUCAUUUGUGUGUAGUGACUCACUGCAGCAUUGAUGAUCUGAAGAAAUGCAAAGAGAUUUUCAUUUGUGACUUUGGAUGCACGACCAUGAAUGCUUUUGGUGGUUUCCAGCACUGUAACAUAUCCAGAGGAAUGCUGGCAAUGGUGUUCCACUUUAACCAUUCCACAUUCGCAGCUCAUCAUGUUCUUGUGCAUGGUAUUUGCAAAGGUUGGCUUGGUACCUGAACUGAAACUCUUCAUUCAAAACAGCGUUGGUACAGAGGAUGACCAAACAACCUUAGUUAAUUUAUUAUUAUUAGGAUCCAGUUUUGUUACGUAUGCACUAUGCAGUAUACAUCACAUUCCUGUGAAAUGAUAUAGCUUUGGAUGGCAGACUGUCAGAUUCCAGAAUCUCUUUUUGUGGAUAUCCUGUGAAAAUAGAGGUAGGUAUUUUAGACCAUGUCCAGGCAGUUGAACAUUUCUUAACAGGGGCUGCUACUUAAAGCAAUCAAGACAGUGUUGACCAACAAUCAUUUUUACGGUGCUUUAGACUGGAGGAGACUGCUGCCAUAAUUAUAAUUUAUGUGUUCCUGUUGGAAUUUGUAUUGGCCUUGUAGGCAUUUUGUGAUUCAAACAGCUCAAUGUGUUUAUGUAAUGCUUGUGUCAUUACUUUUGUCAAAGGUAAUCUCUGUAGGCUUUUGUUUUGAGAAGAGCAACUUCCUGAUUGGCAACACUUGAAUUUUUAUGGAAAACAAGGAAAUUAAACUCCCUUUUAAAAGUUGUAGUAAUUGAGAAUACAAUGAUACUGUGUAUAAACAUAUAAGAUAUUUGGAAAUAGGGAGUGACGUGAAGGGACAAAUUCUAAUAGGCAUAAACCCAGCAGGAUUCUGCAGAAAUUAGACCUGAUCUACUGAUACUGGUUUGGCUGCAUAGUCAAACAGAAUGUAAGAGGCAGGAUUUUUUACUGACAGUUACAGUAUUCUGAGCUAUAGAGUAGACACAAUUGGCCAAACCUAACUGUCCUUCUGGUGUACAUGUGCUGGGUCAUGAAGCUAGCAAAAGUGAAGCAGAAUUGUGCUGGCGUUGUACGCGCAUUGGAUUUAACAAAACACUUCUCUGGUGUAAUUAAGAUCUUAUUGUAGAAAUCCACAAAGUUUAGUGAAGGUUUAGUCUUUCUACAAAGUUUUUAAACCAUCCUAUCGAGUUCUGUAACAGUGAUACCAUUUUCUAUUACGUCAUAUGGGAUGACUAAAAGAAAGCCCUGCAGUAAGGGUGUUGUCUUUUCAUUGUAUAGGGCUUUGCCAUUAGCUUUUUCUUUCAGCAGGAACCUUAGUCUUCCAGGUAAUAUGCAAAUGUUAAAAAAAAAGAA